AUGACCAAGAAGAACUUCAGCUUGUGUUCCUUUGUGGUUUGGAUGCUUUGUCUUGCUAGGAAUGAGUUCAUCUUCAAAAGAUAUAAUUGGACCCCUUCUGAUGUGAUAUGCAAAGCUGAAGCUUUCUUUAACGAGUUCAAUCAGCCCAAGUCUCAUGAAGAUCAGGUUGUGGAUCAUCCUGCUGCUACUCCACCAAGGCAAGAUCAACAUCUAGUUUGGAUUCCUCCCCCUCUUGAUGUGGUGAAAAUCAAUGCUGAUGCAUCCUUUGUUAAAGAUAAGUCUUUUGGUACCUUAGGUUUUAUCAUUCGUAAUCACAAUGGAUCUCUAUUGUUGGCUGCAUUGAAUCCAACACCAAUGUACUCAAUCAUUAGUGGAGAAGCUGAAGCAAUUAAGGAAGUUGGUUUUGAUGAACUUAGGCUGAAGAAAAAGGGGCUUGUCACAGCAAGGGAGUUGAUUGCAAAGAGGAUCAGGGAAUUUAGGUCUGCCAUGAACUGUAUACUGGAUUAUCUCAAUGGAUUAACUUUACGAGGAACUUCUGAUGAGACGGUCGAGGUUUUAAGGCUUGGUGGUGAUUUCAAUUGGAGUCGGAUUCAUCAGAUUAUGUUGCAGGAGAUUCGGCACCUCGAUGAGGGUUUGCCUAUUUAUGCUUCCCGGAAAGAAAUUCUUCAGGAAAUACAUUAUCAACAGGUCAUGGUCUUGAUUGGAGAGACUGGUUCAGGAAAGAGUACGCAGUUGGUUCAGUUUCUUUCUGAUUCAGGAGUAGGAGCUGAAGACUCCAUUAUAUGCACUCAGCCUCGCAAAAUUGCUGCUAUAUCCUUGGCACAAAGGGUUAGGGAAGAAAGUAAAGGUUGUUAUGAAGAUAAUUUAGUUACUUGUUAUCCAACCUACUCAUCUACCCACAGUUUUGAUUCCAAGGUAGUUUUUAUGACGGACCACUGUCUACUACAACACUUCAUGAAGGAUAAAAAUUUGACUAAUAUUUCAUGCAUUAUCGUAGAUGAGGCUCAUGAAAGGAGCUUGAACACUGAUCUUCUUUUGGCACUGCUUAAAGAGCUGCUGAAGCAGAGGCCUGGUCUAAGGCUUAUCAUAAUCUCUGCAACUGCUGAUGCAGAUAAGCUUUCAGAUUACUUCUUUGGUUGUAGGACCUACCAUGUUGUGGGAAGAAAUUUUCCUGUUGACAUCAAAUAUGUUCCUUGUGCAUCUGAAGGAACUUCUUCCAUUUCAAAAGCUUAUUCUGGUGCUUGUGCUUCUUAUGUUUCUGAUGUUGUGAAUAAGGUGACUGAGAUUCACAGAACAGAGGAAAAAGGGGCCAUACUUGCUUUUUUGACUUCUCAGAUGGAAGUGGAAUGGGCUUGUGAGAAUUUUCAGGUCCCCAAUGUAGUUGCACUUCCCUUACAUGGGAAACUUUCUAAUGAAGAGCAAAGUCAUGUUUUCCAUGACUACCCUGGAAAGAGGAAAGUCAUUUAUGCCACUAAUUUAGCUGAGACAUCAUUGACUAUUCCUGGGGUUAAGUAUGUAGUAGAUUCUGGCAUGGUCAAAGAGAGCAGGUUUGAACCCAACACUGGUAUGAAUGUCCUUAAAGUUUGCAGGGUUAGUCAAAGUUCUGCUGAUCAACGUGCUGGCCGUGCUGGUCGAACAGCACCUGGAAAAUGUUACAGAAUGUACUCAAAAAAUGAUUUUCAGUCCAUGCUGUCACACCAGGAACCAGAGAUUUGUAGGGUUCAUCUUGGUGUUGCAGUUCUGAGGAUUUUUGCGCUGGGAAUCAAGAAGGUACAAGAGUUUGAUUUUGUUAAUGCACCAACUCCCAAGGCAAUUGACAUGGCAAUAAGGAAUCUUAUUCAGUUGGGUGCUAUUACAUUAAAAAAUGAUGCUUUUGAAUUAACUGACGAUGGUCGGUAUUUGGUAAAAUUGGGUAUUGAGCCUCGACUGGGAAAACUGAUCCUUGCUGGUAUCCAUCAUGGUUUGCGUAAAGAGGGCCUUGUUCUUGCUGCGGUAAUGGCUAAUGCGAGUAACAUUUUCUGCAGAGUUGGUACUGAUGAAGAUAAAUUGAAAGCAGACCGUCUGAAGAUUCAAUUCUGCCAUCAGGAUGGGGACCUCCCAACGCUGCUCUCUGUUUAUAAGGAAUGGGAGGUUGUGUCCAAAGAAAGGAAAAAUAAAUGGUGCUGGGAUAACAGCAUAAAUGCAAAGACCAUGCGGAGAUGUAAAGAAACUGUUUCUGAAUUGGAACAUUGCCUUAAAAGUGAACUAAAUAUAAUUGUCCCAAGUUACUGGGUCUGGGAUCCACGCCUGUCCUCUGGGCAUGAUAAAAAUCUGAAGAGGGUCAUACUGUCAUCCCUUUCAGAAAAUGUUGCUAUGUAUUCUGGAUAUGAUCGACUUGGAUAUGAAGUGGCCUUAACUGGUCAACAUGUUCAACUGCAUCCUUCAUGUUCGUUGCUAAUAUAUGGUUGGAAGCCAAGUUGGGUAGUGUUUGGCGAACUCCUAUCAAUAUCAAAUCAAUAUUUGGUUUGUGUUACUGCUUUUGACUUCGAAUGCUUGUCUACCCUUUGUCCCCCUCCUUUGUUCAACAUUUCAAAUAUGAAUAGCCGGAAGCUGCAGGUGAGUUUGAUGACUGGAUUUGGCAAUGUUGUAUUGAAAAGAUUCUGUGGUAAAUCAAACAAUAACUUGCUCCAUCUUGUAUCACGCAUUCAAACAGAAAUGGACAGACAGAUCGGUAUUGAAGUUGAUGUUGAUAAGGGAAAAAUUCAAUUGUUUGCCACUGCAGAAGACAUGGGGAAGUUUUCUAGUCUUGUGAAUGAAGCAUUGAAUUAUGAAAUGAAAUGGUUAAAAGAUGAAUGUCUAGAGAAAUGCUUGUACCGUGGUGGGUCCGGUGUUUCUCCUGUGGCUUUGUUUGGAGCUGGUGCUGAAAUUAAGCAUUUGGAACUGGACAAAAGAUAUUUGUCUGAGGAUGUAUUCCAUUCAGAUGCAGGCACUCUUGAUGAUAAGGAACUUCUUUUGACUUUUGAAGAAAGGGCAUCUGGUAACUGUAGCUUCCACAAAUAUGUCUGCAUUGGACAGGAUGGUGAAGACAGUGAAAAGUGGGGCAGGAUAACAUUUCUUACUCCUGAAGCUGCUGAAAAAGCAGUUGAGGAGCUAAAUGGUUUUGAAUACAGAGGAUCUCCACUGAACAUAUCCCCUUCCUCUAUAAGCUUUGGAGGUGACCAAAAAAUGUUUUUUCCUGCUGUAAAUGCCAAGGUUUUUUGGCCACGUCGAUAUAGCAAGGGUGUUGCAAUCAUUAGGUGUGCAAGACAAGAUGAUUCUAUCAUUGAUGACUGUUCUUGCUUGCCAAUUGGUGGUCGGUUUGUUCGUUGUGAACAUAGCAACAAGAACAGGGAUUCUAUUGUCAUGAGUGGGCUUGACAAAGAAACAUCUGAACAAGAAAUUUUUGAAAUUUUGAGUACUGUAACAGAUAGGAGAAUUCUGGAUGUUUUCCUGGUAAGAGGAGACACUGUUACUAACCUACCAUCUGCUUGUGAAGAAGCAGUUCUUAGGGAAAUUGCUCCCUUCAUGCCUACCAAGAGCCCCUCAAGCAAUUAUUGCCAAGUACAAGUAUUCCAUCCUGAACCGAAUGAUUUUUUGAUGAAAGCUAUGAUAACUUUUGAUGGAAGACUGCAUUUGGAGGCAGCAAAGGCUUUGCAGAAUUUACAGGGGAAGGUACUCCCCGGCUGUUUACCAUGGCAGAAGAUACGAUGCCAACAGAUGUUUCAUAGCUCUGUAUCCUGUCCGGCUACUGUUUAUUCUGUUAUUAAGAAGCAGCUGGAUUCUUUAUUUGAGAGCUUCAAGCAUCGAGACGGUACUUCCUGUUGUUAG